AAAUAUAAGGUGAUUCGUAUUUUUCCCCAAGAUGCUGAACAAUUCGAAUUGAUGAGGAAUUUAUAUAAUAAGCAGUCAGAAUUACAGCACAUUAAUGUGACAUCAGUUGAUUUUCAGCUUGAUUUUUGGAAAGCACCGACUGCACUAGGGCACUUUGCUGACGUGAUGGCUGAGCCAAGUAUUGCAAAACCUUUAGUGAAUUUUUUGAAGACUAAUAACAUAUCACACAUUGUCACAAUUGAUGAUGUGCAAAGAUUAACGAUUGAACGCGAAGGUCGCAAUCCGUUGACAUCUGCAGUUGGCAGUAUGAAUGGAAUUGCCGAUUCUGUUUUGCAAUCGUUUUUGAAACGAUCCAAAGACGUAACUCCAAGUCGAAAUAAGGCGAAAUUCGUUUUUGGUGAAUAUCACUCAUACAACGAAAUGAUUAAGUGGCUGAAUGAUAUUGAAUACUUUUAUCCACAUAUGGCUAAAGUGUUCACUAUUGGUACAACAUAUGAGGGACGACAUAUUCGAGCUGAUGUCAUCCGAAAACCAUAUACACCUUUACAGAUUGGUAAUCCGAUUUAUCGCACAGAUAAGCGCAUAAUUUGGAUCGACGGUGGCAUACACGCCCGUGAAUGGGCUGCCGUUCAUACCGCACUUUAUUUCAUCGAUCAGUUGAUCUCACAAUAUGGCGUUGAUCCGCAGAUCACCUCGUAUGUCGAUACACUUAACUUUUACAUAAUUCCAGUAGCAAAUCCUGAUGGUUAUGAAUAUUCGCGAUCGGAUAUAACUCCCCAGACAAGGUUUUGGAGAAAGAAUAGGGGUCAACAAAUCUGUAAGAAGGAUCGUUGGAGACGAGAGCGUUGCUGCGGUGGAGUUGAUUUGAAUCGUAAUUUUGAUUUUCAUUGGGGAGAAACCGGUUCGAGUUCGGAUUCAUGCUCGGAAAUCUAUCAAGGAAGUGGACCAUUCAGUGAGCCCGAAACAAGAGCCAUUCGCGAUAAGAUACUGUCACCAGAGUUGUACGGCAAAGUCGAUGCCUUCAUAACCCUUCAUACGUACUCACAAAUGUGGAUUCAUCCGUUCAAUCAUCAGAGAAAUACUGUUCCAAGUGAUGUUAUGGAUCUCGAAGAGGUUGGUAGAAGAGGUGUGAAAGCGUUAGAAAGCGUUUAUGGAACAAAGUAUCGAUUCGGAACUGGGGCGGAUAUUUUAUAUCCAUCGGCAGGAGGAUCAGAUGAUUGGGCAAAGGCUAAGGGCAAGGUGAAAUAUGUAUAUUUGCUGGAGUUGAGACCCGAUGAAGAUGAAUGGGAUGGAUUUUUAUUAGACAAACGUGAACUUAUUCCAACAGGACGUGAAACAUGGGCUGGCGUAAAAGUGGUUAUUGAUGCUGUCAUGAAAGGACAACGUGCAGUUGCACCAGCCGUCUCACCAACCCCGAUGGGUCAUUUGAAUCAACAGAAUGCACAAUUUCGAGCCCAGCAACGACGCAGAACAGAGUUGCAUCGACGAUUAGAUGGUAGUAGCAAUGGAGGUAUGUCACGAGUAUCACAAGCGCGUGAUAAUACUGUUCGAGUUUCAAGACCUUCUCCACUACGAUUACCACUCGACUCCAGAACUACUGUAGUACAUUCAUCUUCAGAUUCAUCUUCGAUGAACUGUGUAGAUCGAUCACCUUGGUGUACUAGUUGGAUUGAAGCAAGUCCAGAUGUUUGUCAAACAUCCAAAAUUUAUAUGGUUCAAGAAUGUGCACGUUCUUGCCAGAUGUGCUGA